AUGGGUGCCCCAGGUCCGAGCAGCCAUUUCGUUCAAGUCUUCUUCCUGAUCGAUGAUGAUUUUCUUAGGGGGGCCAUUUCUGGAUCGUUUGCAAAGAAGACGGGGCAGAGAUGGGUUUUUCUGGGUUUAGAGUUUGGAGGAGUUCCUGAUGUGACAGGAUUGCGGCUAAUGGAAUGCUGGAACCUGGAACCAUGGCUUGAAAAUAAAGGUCUUGGUGAUGCGAACCAAGUGUUGGCAUAUUUUGCUGUCUCCAAGCUGGGAGAACCUCCAGUUGAUGGAAUAAUCAAUACCAAUCCUGAAGGACGGACAGCAUCAUAUGGGAAGUGGGCAUCUGCAGUGGCUGACAGAUUACAUGCUGGAGGCCUCACUUGCAAGGUUCUUGGCAAGGAAGCAUUUCAGAAGCAGAUGUUGGAAAAGUUGAUAUGGAUUUCAGCAUUCAUGCUUGUUGGAGCUCGUCAUCCAGGAGCAACUGUAGGUGGUGUAGAGAAAGAUACCGCUCUGAGGUUUCCAGCCUCAUUGCAGAGCUUGCCACUGCAGCAGCUGCUGAGAAGUGAUUGGUAUUUGAAGGAGCCAUGGAGGAUAGAUUAUGUGCGUACUCACGAGCUGUUGCCCACUUUCCUACUGCAGUCAAAGAGUUUAAAUAGAGAAAUGGUUGGUUCUAUUCCCUCUCUGAAAGGGCAAUUGCAGAAGGAAAGCCUGAUCCCUGCCCCCUACAUACGGCAUGGCUCAAAGAAUUGAAAGUUGUUAAGAAAAAAACCAGACUUCAGCGUAUGAAUGAUUUGGAUCUCUCUGUUGGAGAUAUGAGGAGUUAAGAUUCCAUCUCCUCCAUUAAUUAUGGAAUUUUCAUCGAUUUAGAUCUUUAUGACUGUCAUACCGCAUUCUUAAUAUAUAGAAAAAGACCUUUGAUUUUCCCCCGUUUUCUUGCCCUCACUUGUAAUUACUGCCAAACUAGAGUUUUAAAAGACAGAAAUUUGUGCA